AUGAGCGCGUCGGCGAUGGCGGCGGGUCAGCCGCAGUUCCGUUACUCGCAGCCACCCUCAAAGGUGCUCCACGUGCGCAACCUGCCGUGGGAGGCGACGGAGGAGGAGUUAUCGGAGCUGUGCAAGCCGUUCGGCCGCGUCGUCAACACCAAGACCAGCGUUGGCGCCAACCGCAACCAGGCGUUCGUCGAAUUCGCGGAUUUGAACCAAGCCAUCGCGAUGGUGUCUUAUUACGCGUCGUCGUCUGAACCGGCACAGGUUCGCGGGAAGGCGGUGUACCUGCAGUACUCGACGCGGCAGGAGAUUACUACAUCCAAUAAGACUGGCGAUUCCUCCUCCGGGAAUGUCCUGCUUGUGACUAUAGAGGGGGUUGAGGCUGGCGACGUGACUAUAGACGUGCUUCACCUGGUCUUCUCAGCAUUCGGCUUCGUCCAGAAGAUUGCAACGUUUGAGAAGAGUGCCGGCUUUCAGGCAUUGGUGCAGUACGGGGACCCGGAGACUGCCAACAGCGCCAAGACUUCAUUGGACAGCAGGAGCAUUCCCAGCUACCUGCUCCCAGAGCACGUGCAGGCAUGCAGUCUGCGCAUCUCCUUCUCAGCCCACACGGACCUCAACAUGAACUACCUGCUCCCGGAGCACGUGCAGACAUGCAGUCUGCGCAUCUCCUUCUCGGCCCACACGGACCUGAACGUCAAGUUUCAGAGCCACCGCAGCCGCGACUACACCAACCCCUACCUCCCCGUCUCCUCCUCCGCCACCGAUGCUGGCGUGCAGCUCACCCCGGGGCCUGUAGCAGCAGUGAAGGGCGAAGCGGGAAGCAACGUGCUGCUGGCGUCCAUAGAGAACAUGCAGUAUCCUGUCACCAUGGACGUGCUCCACACCGUCUUCUCAGCAUAUGGCGCGGUGCAGAAAAUUGCCAUCUUUGAGAAGAGUGCCGGAUUCCAGGCGCUAGUCCAGUUCCCAGAUGUAGCAGCAGCCACAUCAGCCAAGGAUGCUCUGGAAGGGCACUGCAUCUACGAGGGGGGCUACUGCAAGCUGCGCAUCUCCUUCUCUCGUCACACCGACCUCAACGUCAAGGGGGGCUACUGCAAGCUGCGCAUCUCCUUCUCCCGCCACACUGACCUCAAUGUCAAGGCCAACAACAAUCGCAGCAGGGACUUCACUCGCCCAGACCUGCUUUCGAGGCGCCUCAACGUUCGUCCCUUCCCCCAUUACCCCCUCAUUCCCCUCCCGUCUCAGGCCAACAACGAUCGCAGCAGGGACUUCACGCGCCCAGACCUGCCCACAGUCGCCCCCAUCCCUGCUCCCUCCACCACCGCCACUACCACUGCUGGUAUCCUCCCUACUAACAUCACUACCGCCACUGCCGCUGCCACCCCCUUCACCACGCCAUCUGCACCCAUCCUCUCCUCCUCCCCAUACAAUCUCGCUGCCCCUCUCGCCCCCUCUACCGCCCCGCCUGUGCUCCCCACUCCCGGUGCCCCUGCUCCCUACUACCCCGCCUCUUCCCCUGCCGCCCCUCCUUCCUCUGGGCCGCCCAUUCUCGGCCACCAAAACCGCCCAGCAGCCUUUCCUGCCACCCCUCCCAGAGAGCCCCCUCCCCAUGCCCCUCCUCCUCACGGCCCCCCUUUCCACGGUCCCCCUCCCCCUCACGCCGGCCCUCCCCACGGCCCCCCUCCCCAUACCCCACCUCCCUACAAUCGAGGUCCCCCUCCCGGUCCCCCUCCCCACGGCACUCCCCCAAGAAAUUUCCCCCCCAGCCCUUACGGCCCCCCUGGCCCCCCCCAAGGGUCCCCCCAAGGUCCCCCUUUCCGCGGCCCUCCCCCUCCCAGGCCGUACCCUCCCGGACCUCCUGGUGGGCCUCCUCCCGGACCUGGUGGUCCGGGGCCUGCCGGGCCUCCGUAUGGACCUCCUAGGCCCGGUGGUCCACCUCAGGGGCAGUUCUACCCUCCCCCUGGUGGGCCUCCCCCAUAUGGCUCUCCUCGUGGUCCCCCUCCCCCCAUGUCUGGGCGGGGUCCCCCUCCCCCUAUGAUGGGGGGCCCCCCUCCCCCAGGUGGACCUCCCCCUGGCCCUCCCCCCCUUGGGCGCCCCCCCCCGCAGCCAUUCCCCCCGGGUGCAGGUCCCCCUCCCCCUGGUAUGGGGGGAGGGCCCCCUCCGCCUGGAAUGGGCCCCCCUCCUUACAUGGGGGGAGGGGGACCUCCCCCUGGUCCUCCAGGUAUGCCUCCCCCUCCUGGCAUGGCAGGGGGGCCUCCCCCUCCUGGGUACCCAGGGGGUCCGCCUCCCCCAGGCAUGCCGCCCCCGCCUGGAUAUGGUCCCCCUCCCCCUAGAUAUGGACCAGGACCAGGAGGACCGCCUCCUCCUGGCUACAGAUAUUAG